AUGCAAUUCAAUGCACAACAUAGCUACUCUAACUGCCACUUUGUUUGUGACUUUACUUCAGUCAAUCUAGCGAAGGAGGUUAAGAGGGGCAACGAAGUGAGCGGCGAUGGUCUCUACGUAAACGAUGUUCUGGACAAAUUGGCAACUGAUACACUGGAUUUUAAAUUGGAAAGUCCAGCAAUCACGCAAAACAAAGCCCUGUCUCCACCAGCAAAAAACACCUACCCCUUUUCUUCCUUGUCCGAUGUGCGUCGCACAAAUCGAGCGGAUUCUAGAGCCAACGGGAACUCUGAUUUUUCUGGAACUCACAUGGAGGACCAAAAAGAGACCACAGAUGAGGAUAAAACAAAAGAUGAGGAGUGUGCAAUGGUUUUUCAAGUAUGGAAACAGCUGCUCAUUGCCGGUGGCAUUGGCCUGGCUAUAGCCUUUUUUGGUGCAUCCAUGCUUUCGGAGUUUGGUCUCCAGAUCCCUUUGUUCAGCAAAGUCCCCGGCAGCUUCCUCUUCAUCAAUUGGGAAUACUAUUGCUACCGUCCGCUGCGGUCAUUUCUGCUUGGCUUUUCCCAGUAA